UCGCCCUCCGUGCGUCCUGGGAUCCCGAGGUCCCGCUCGCUGCGCUCCCCCCCGCCCCUGUGCGGCCGCCGCGCGGAGGGGACAGGGAGACGUGGAUCUGAGCGCGGGUUUCCGGGUGGGAAGGGCCGCGGUGGGGGCCGCUCAGGGAAGGCUGCGAGGGCCGGCGGGGAGCUGCCUAGCCGGUGCCCACUCGGCCUGAUCCGAUCCCUGUGUUUUCCGCGGCUCCAGACCCAGCAGCCAUGGCGGUGGAAGGAGGAAUGAAGUGUGUCAAGUUCUUGCUCUACGUUCUUCUGCUGGCCUUCUGCGCCUGUGCCGUGGGAUUGAUUGCUGUUGGUGUAGCCGCUCAGGUUUUCUUGAAUCAGACCAUCAGCCAGGAGACCACGCCAGCCUCCCUGUUGCCUGUGGUCAUCAUUGCAGUGGGCGCCUUCCUCUUCCUGGUGGCCUUUGUGGGCUGCUGUGGGGCCUGCAAAGAGAACUCCUGUCUUAUGAUUACAUUCGCUGUCUUCCUGUCUCUCAUCGUGCUUGUGGAGGUGGCUGUGGCCAUUGCUGGCUACGUGUUCAGAGACAAGGUGGAGUCAGAGUUCAGUAAGAGCUUCCAGAGGCAGAUGCAGAAUUACCUGAAAGACAACAGAACAGCCUCGGUUCUGGACGGGUGGCAGCAGCGAUUUAACUGCUGUGGGGCUAAUAACUACACAGACUGGGAGACUGUCCCUGGGAUGGCCAAGGACCGAGUCCCCGAUUCCUGCUGCGUCAACGUCACUGUGGGCUGUGGGACUGACUUCAAGUUACCCACGAUCCAUACUCAGGGCUGCGUCCAGAGCAUGGGGGCUGACCUGAGGAAGAAUAUAUUGCUGGUGGCUGCGGCAGCCCUGGGUAUUGCUUUUGUGGAGGUCCUGGGAAUCAUCUUCUCCUGCUGUCUGGUGAAAAGUAUCCGAAGUGGCUAUGAAGUAAUGUAGGGGGGUUCUGAUCUCUUCUGUCUUUUCAUCUAAGGGAGUGGAUUCUCCAGGUUUUUCAAUUAAACGGAUUAUUUUUUCAGACCUGAAAAGGA